AAGACAAUUUGAGCUGUCGAUUGUGAUCGCUGCUCGGGAAAAGCUGCGACAAACUCCCUCCCUUGUCCCAUUUGGAGCGGUGGAUGGCUUCCCAAUUGCGGCCCAAUUGCUACUCGGGAGGCCAUAACUCAGCUCCGAGCUUCACGAGCUUUUAUCUUGCUUCUUCCAUUUGGACUUUUGAAUUUUGUGAGGGGUUUUCCACUAGGCCGCUGCAUGUCCAUAUCGAAUUGCAUCGCACAACUGUUAGCGUUCGUGCCAUGCAGACUCGAGCAUGCAACGUACCGGAGCCAUGAAGCCAAGAUGGUCAGUGGCCCGUUCAUACAUGAGGGAUGGGGCCUUCCGAGCCAUUCUCCAUGCGUGCAGCAGGCCCAUCGUGGUGAAGCACUCAGGGAUCCCCCCAGCGAAGCUCCGCUCGUGCUAAACAGUCCCAAGAAGACGGAUACCUACGACAGCGCCUGUAUCUGCGGCAAGCAUGUGGCCGCUGUCCGAUGCCUGCGCAAGCUCACGGCGCGACUCAGCCCGUGUCCAUGCCUUGUGCGAUACCAUAUUUGCUUUGUGGCUGCUGCAUGUAAGCUGAAAGUUUCUGACAAUACGAACAUGCGUGCAUUCGAACGCUAGCAGCAUCGAUACCAACGCACACGAAGUGCCUACUUGGCUCCCUCCUCGGCUUCUCACUUUACUGCAAGCCCAAUUGACUGCCUGUACAUGUGAAGAACGAGGAUUCCAAGUAUGGCGGGUAGCACAGAAGGCAACCCUUGCUCGAGCA